GUGGGAUUUAAACUUGGCAACAAAACUACCACAAGCCACAACAAGACGAUUACGAACUUGGCAUAUUAGUUUAAAUAAGCGGUAUGUCUACGUCAACUGAAUCCGAUAGUAUCCCCAUGCUUCCUCCUGAUGAUUCUCCGGGAAGCUCCAUUUCCUCCUGUCUCCAGGAAGAGUACCAGGAGCUGCUGCAGUAUGCUGUAGUGACUCCUCUUUAUGAUCCUUCUCGGCUCCCUCAGACGCUUGCUGGAGCCGCACGGUCAUUUCAGCCUCAGAGACCAAUCAAGGACCAGCUCAUCUAUCUCCAAUCAAGCGAAGGGAGUAGCUCAGCGAGUGAAGCUUCACCACAACUUAGAGAGAGCAUGGUUGCUACCCAUGGUUCACUCAAUGGUGAAGAGACCCAAACAGAGUCGCAGGAUGAAAGAGGUUCUAGAGAUCAAGAGCUCAGGAGAAGAGACCUUACUGCUCCAGCGAAUGAAUUAUGUAGCCCAGUUAGAUCCUCUCCGCCGGAUGAUCCCGGAUCCGAUAGUACCCCAACCACUGACCUGUCCACCCUAACUGACCAGUCCAGCUUGGCUAGUUCUCCUGCUGUGGACCAGGGCCUGAUCCGCAUGGAGAAUUUGCUAGACAACUGGAGCCUGGAGCUGAAGAGGGGUGUUUUAGCUGAGCUUAGUCAGGCCAAGAUUGCAGUCAUAGAGAGAUCCAGAGUGGAGGUUAGAUUACAAAGGGAAAGAUCUGACAAGGACCUGAGACGGGUGCAGAAUGAGAUUGAGAAUCAGAAGGAGUUGCUUCACACGUACGAGCAAUCGGUAGAGCGUAAGGAUCAUAUCAUCUCCAACCUGACCAGGGCCGUCCAGAAGGAGAAGGAUCGGUUUGAGAUGCUGGGGAGAUUCCAAUCCUGGAAGCUAAGACACAGCGAGGAUAAGAGACAGGUCUUCACUGCCAAACUUGCGAAGCGGCACCAUGAGAGGCAUUUGAAAUCGAAAGUCUGGUCAGCCUGGCAUAGCAUCAUCGUUGCCAAGUGGAGACAGAGGGUAGAGAAGGCGUGCCAGAGUAAGGCUCAGGAAGUCUGUAUGAAACUCACCAAUGACUAUGAGGCAAGAUUAGCGUCGUUGAAUGAAGCCCUGGAAGCUUCACGAGUCGAGGUGACAAAGCUCCACGCAGAGAGAGAUUACUAUGAAGAAUCUAUGAAGAAAGCAUUCAUGAGGGGUGUUUGUGCGCUCAAUAUGGAAGCCAUGGCUAUGUUUCACGAUGGCGAAGAAGGAAGUGGACAGCCUCAUCCUUCGUCCCACGCCCCCGCACCAACCCCAGCAGCAGGUGCCCCUGUCCCUACCCCAGCCCCCACCAGACCCUCGCCGUCAGUCAAUACCACUUCACUAGGUCGCUCAGCCAUACCAAGCACUCAACCCAUGGGUCACCAUGCACAAUCCACAGUUACAACACACAGCCAGAGAGGGAAUGUUCCUGCUGUCAAGAAAACGGUAAGUAUCUUGUCUUUUCGUUUUAGUGUUUGUUGAUCACUCGAAUAAUAG